AUACCCUCUCGCCCCUUUUCCCCCGUAUCUGGCCUCUUCAUGGCUCUCGCCCUGCCCCGAUACACGGUUCUCCCACCCCUUGGGGACACGGACAAAGAAUGACUCGUCACCAUACCUCUUCUUCCUCCGGACACUUCCUGGCCAACCCUUUGCCCUGCUACUCCCUUGCCCCAUCAACUUCGACUUCUCUGCUUCCACCCGCCAUAAACGAGGCUUUCACCACACUCCUUCUUGCAUGUGGACAGUACCUUUUCCUCUUCCAUUCAGCGUCGCUCCUUCGCAGCCUUGCUCGCAUGCGCACACUCCCUCUCUUUCUGUCUGUUUCCUCCUUCCAAUCGUUUGCUCUCCCCUUUUGGUCUGCCCUUGUUGCUCUAUUACUCUUUCAUCUUCCUUGCUGGCGCCCCUUCGUCGAGGGCUUGAAAUGCACCCUCUGUCAUGGUCUCGUGCGAGCGUGUGCGAGUCGAUGAGCGAAAACGAGUAAGUGCAUUGGAUGAUUGGGUUGAACAGAUGAGGUGAGAUGAAGAUG